AUGCCACGAAGGUCGACACGAGCUCAACGACGACGACCAACACGUCUCAGUAAAGAGAAUCAGCUUGAUACUGAGAAAGCAGAGCGGAAGCAAUUUGAUUAUCGUAAUUCGUGCUUCAAAGGGCCGUUUCUCGUUCACCUCUGCGACUUAGACUUCGGGCAGAGCAAAAAUAGACUAAUUGAGGGCGGAGACAAUGUUAUUCGACUCACCCAGAUCCUAAAUAUCCAGGGCUGCUUACGUUUGAGCAGGGAGUUCCAUGUCCCAGUGGUGGUAGAUGCUGCAGACUGGCUUACCAACGUCACUCUGCAGGAGCCCACAUUAGCGCGUGGCCUGCGUAUGGGCCAAAUCGAGGUUGGACCUGAUUAUACCCUGUCUGCCCUAGACCAUGAAAAUGUUAUUUCUGCGGCUCGCGAAAUGUUCAAAGAACUCCAAAUCGAAGAUCCUUGGUGGGUAGCAGAUAUUUACGUCACCGGAGCGAGUGGCGACGUGGCACUUCAUGAAGAACUUGUGCGAAGCCUGCAAGAGAGCUUCCCGAACGACCAGCGCCCUUCAGACGGACGAAUUUACCGAAAUAUUCGUUAUUAUCAAGGUAGCUGGAUUGGUCCCCGCAACGAAACUGCGGAAGGUUAUUGGUGGGCUCUUUUAGAGUCCAAGCCCGGAAGCCGAAAGGGAGACUAUCUGCGUACUCUCUCAGAGAGCUUGCAAAGGGCCUUCGAUGCUCUUCUUCCUAUACCGGGAAUAUGGGCCGGUAUGAGCAAUGGAGUUUUGCACAAAUUGAAAGCUAUGAAAAGCGAUGAGCCAAUUGCCUGCUAUUUAGAACAUAUUCGAAGCACAUUCCUGAGGCUUGUAGACGGCGACGAAGCCCUUUUGGGCCUUAUUGACGCCACGUCUGUGAAAUUUUUAACAUCCAAAGUGCCAAGGGUCUCUUCAAAAGACUUAUCUGAUCUGCGAAGUAAAAAAGAAAAAAAGAUACUCUUUCCCUUCAUGGAAGACUAUCAGCGAGAUAUGGUAUGGCGAAACUUGGAAGGCAUUGACUUCCCCAUCCCAACACUUGAGACCUUCUUUCAGGAUAUCCUGUAUUUGGAUGUCGGGCAAUGCGUUAUGAGACAACUCUGUUUUGCACCACCUGAAGGAGAUAACACCAUUGACAAGGUCUUGAGAAGUCAAUGCGUUGGGUUCACUUACGGCUUAUUAUCUAGAACCUACUGGGAGCAGACAGUGCAAAACCAGCAGCUCCAGGACCUUUGGCGGUUCAGUUUCCAGUAUGCGUUUGAAUUAACACCUAAGAGGGAUCACCACCGUCGUAUUCCACGAAAAAAAAAGGACAAGGAACGUGCCUUUCGUCUCAGUGUUAGCGAAGAGUUAAAUGGCAUUUCACCGUUGCUACUUCGUCGUCAUUUCCUUGUGCUGGCCCAAGGCUACGGUUUUCAAGUUCCUAUAAGCGAAGGGGAUCGAUUGGGAGAAGCAAGAGAGCUUCCUCGCCCACAUCCAUGCGACUUUCCCCCGUACGACAACGACGAGGUAGAGACGGAGCGACGGUGUGGGAGGCCGUUUACGGACUCUGUGUAUGCUGACAGGUUUGCCCUCUCCAGAGAAGCUUUGAGACAAAAUUGGGAUACCCAGCGAGUUAGCGCAGGCUUUGUGCGUCGGUCGGUUUUUCGAGCAUUCUUUUCAUAUCUUAACGCUGGCAUCGCCGAAAGCCCACAAUAA